CAGGUGAUCUACAGGUGAUCUCAUAAAGCUCUCCUAAAGCUCUAAUAAAGCAUAAGAUGAUCUAGUGGGGUCUUAUGUGGGGUCCCCAGUUGUUUUGUAAUGCAUAUAUAUUUUACUAAAAUAAUCAUGAGGAACCCCCUAAGCCAUUUUUUACUUGGCAUGGGGGGGUCCCUAAUGCUUUAUGUGGGGUCCCCCCCCUUAAUUCGAGCACUGGUGCUGCUUAGGCGUGUUACCAAGAAGAUGCCAGGCAUUGGACGCCCCCUUGUGGCCUCAUAUCUUGCAGCACCAGUGCAAACGUGUGAUAUCCUAUUGCAUUGUCUCUAAACAGUGGUGUGCCUUCAUACCGAUGAGACCUCCUCCGCCUGCUCUCCGGUCGGUUCUCCGUGCACUGUGCUCCUGCAGCGCAGCUCGGUUACACUCUGCGCAUUGCACGAGCGAAAUGCCGACCAGAGACGUCUAAUUCUUUUUUUUCUUCUCCCCCUUUUUCUUUCUUUUUUUUUCUAAACGGGGGCUACAAUGUCCCAAAAGAGGGAAGUGAACUCUUGCCCGGAUGGGUACAGGGUCCUGAACACUAGUGAACUACGGGAGCUCCUUCAAGAUGAAGGGAAAAUGGACAAGAUCGUGCGCCUCAGCGAGAAGGUUCAAGAGCUGCAGGUGGAGAGGGAAACCUUACUAGUGACUAAUAGAAGCCUUGCAGAAGAAAGCCUUGCAUUCCGACCCCGGCUCCAGAAUGGGAAACUUCAGUUGGGUGCUAAGUACGAGGAGCUCGCAAAGCUAGCGGCUUCCUACAGAGAGAAACAAAGCCGACUUGAGACCUACAUGCAGAAGCACAGCCCACAGACGGCUCAGAACCUCCUACAGGAGGAAGUCGCACAUGCCGAGGAGCAAUCUGAGGAGCUACUGAAGAGAUUCAUGGAGGGCCAGGUCUCGCUGGAGGGCUUCCUGGACUCCUUCCAAAGCUUCAGGAAGACAUAUCACGUCCGCCGAGCACAGGUUGAGAAGAUCCAGGAACUCAAGCGGGCUGAAGGGAAACAGGUCAGGCGCUCAGAGGAGGAGGAGGAAGAGCAGAAGAAAAAGGAUGAGGGGUCAAAGGAUCUCCGGCCAAAUGGCAUUACCUCCCACGGGUCGGCGCGAGUCUUCCAGGUGCGUUACGGCCUCACGCCAGCCAUCCUGGUUCCCCUGUCUACGCCCUCAGCUCCUGCCUCUAGCUUGUCUUCUCUGGACUCGUGCACGGGACAGCGGCAGGCUUCAGGGCACGGUGGCCCUCAUUUGGGUCCUGGGCAACCUGUAGGCCUCAGAGUGAUAGGACAGUUACCAGGCUGGCCGAUCAGACCAGUGCGGUUACAGCAGCUCUAUAGGCCCAGUCCACAUCAGCAUGAACCUCCAUAUCGAUAACGUCCAAACACUGUGCAUCGGUAACGCCUGAUUCUGCUCAGAGAACUUUGAGUUAUUGUAAACAUUUUCAUUGGUCACACACACACACCAAGGUCGCUUUCAUCCGCAAGAAGAUGAUUGGAAAGCCAUAAAAUGUCUUGUCUAUGUUGUGAACCAGGCAGUGGAUGUACACAACUCCAGGGUGUCCCUGUCAAUGUUGCCUGUUUGUGUCGUUUAGUUUUCUUCCUGUCCCAUUUGUCGGGAUAUGGCUGCUGCUUUAUUUUUAUUUGUAUUUUUAUUUUUUGUUCGGAAGAGAGAGAAACGUUACGACACUGAUAUCUGACUGGAAGGACUUUCGUUUGAUGCCAAUGAUGUUUCGGAGAAAAGCCAGGCUAAUGAUAUUGCCUUGUUAUGGUGAUUAUGAUCAAUAAAGUUCUAUUAUUUUGUUUAUUAUAAACCAAUAUUGCAGUGCUUCCACAGUUCAUUUAAGAUCCUUUGUAGUUUGUUGGAAAAAAAAGUGUACAAAACUAUUAAUCGGGUAAAAGCAUUAAUGGAAAGUUUGGUUUUUUUUUUAUAGUGGUCGAGUGUUACUCUAAAAGCUAUUUAAUGGUACAAGACUGGAACUUAGAGACCAACUGUGGACUUUUAAACUCACAUUAAAUUUACAUUGCCAUAUAAAAAAGAAAUGGUACACAUUAGUGUCAGCUGUUUUCAUAGAAGUUGAGGGAUUUACAAUGGAAAUUCAGUUCUACAUAUUUUUUUCAUCUAUUUAUUCAUUCAGUGUGUGAGUGUCCAUCGAAAGACUUCACCGAAUGUGUUUUUUUGCUGAUGAACGUUGCUGUCAGAAGUAUGGGUGUGUUUCAGGAGAUACAGACAGCUUCAUUAACCAAAACUGAUUACAGCUUUCCAAAUAAAUUGGGGCAAGCCACAAAAAAAAACCCGAACAUGAGCCGCUCCCACAUUAUUCCGACUGGAAGUCAUAUCAAAGACAGCAGAAUCUAUUUAUUUAUGGAAAUCCUGUUGGAAAUGGAGCGCCUUGCGUCACCUCAUGAAUUCUGCUUGUUUGCUGUGACUAAUAAUUUAAUUCCUGGCACAUUUCUUCCAAAUUCCAAUGGACUAUUUUCAAUUCAUGUAUAUGUAAAAAAAAAAAUAAAAACAUUUUUCUAAUAUAAA